AUGGAAGUAGAAGAAAGCGAAAAGAAACAAAACCAACGGACGGAGAGAUUGAUCGAAUUACAAGGAGAAAUGGAGGGGAAAGAUCUGCAAAAAAUUGAGCACCCAAGCCAGCACCACCCACUGGAACUUAGGAGAAUCACUCCAAGGCCAUGGCGGCUACUAUGGUGGUGGAGGUCACCAAGUUUUCUGCAAUGGAUACAGGGAACCAAUCUCUUUUUCAUCAAUCAUCAUCAGGAGUAUGGGGAGGUGGAGGCGAUUUCUAUGCUUGCCCCAACUCCGAUUGCUGGUUUUUACUGCACAAACGGGGUACAGAAUUGCCCCCCAAAAUCGAGCAUUCCUCUCACCCGAAGCACGCCCUCACUCUUUAUCCCUUUGUCUUAUAUAAACAUGGAUGCGACGUCUGCCGACGGUUUCGUAUACCGUUGUUCCAGCUGCGACUUCGAUGUCCACGUACGCUGUGCUUCAAUGGUGCUCCGUAUCCAAGAAAGGGUCAAUAAGAACAAGAAGAUUCAUCAACACUCGUUGAUGCCCCUCGAGAUGGAAGCCCAGUUCCUGUGUGCUGCCUGCGAUAGAGAACAUAAAGGCAAAUCAUGUCUUUGCCCCACCUGCGGCUUCUGGGCCAAUCAGAUUUGUGCUUCUUCGCCAACCACGAUUUACCUCCACCGCCACGCUCACCCCCUUGCUCUCUUUCGUUCAGCUUUUCGCUACUACUAUGGGAAUUGUAAAAUCUGCAACGAGGAAAUGAAGAGAGCGUAUUGGGCCCUAUGUUUGCUCGGAGGGAUGCAAGUAUUCAGUCCAUCUAAGUUGCUUGCCGUUGGAGGAGGUUGAGAAUCCCAACAAGGAUAUCCAAACAAACUUUCAUUCGAAAUCAACAAGCCAUGAAAUUGAGAAACCCACGUGAGCAUUUUUGCCAUUUUAAUUGGAAUUUUCCCUAGCCUUUUACCCAAUAUUUGAUUGGUCACAUUCUCUUGUUUUAGAGAUUCCAAAGAAAUGAUUAUUCUUAUCACUUUGUCAGUGCCAAUGAAUUUGCUAAAUUAAUAACCCAAUUGAUCAAAAAGCUCAUCUUACAAAGAACGCAUAAAAGAGCCACCAAGAUCCUUUGUUACAAAGAAGACCACCCAUUGAUUUUUGUCAACAAGAAAAUUGACGAAUCUAAGGAUGG